GAAAUUCUAGUUUCCCAGUUUAUUUUCUUACUAUUUCACUUUCAGGCUGAAUUUCAUUGUGUGAAAAAUUUUAAGUUCAUUAAGGGAAAGAAAAAUCCCUCCUUUUUCUUUCUUCUCCAAUCAGAAUAUAAACUCUGGAUUAUGAAGUAUAGCCAUUAGGCAGGUGUCUUUCAAAGACUGGUAUAAGCUAAACCUCGGGUCCUCAGAAAUGCUUGCAGCAGAAGCACACAUUUGUCAUCUAGGCAUCAAAAAUUUUAUAUGACAGUUUUAGUUACUUUUUUGAAUCUACUUACAUCUUACCUACAUGUUUUAUUAUGUUGCUUUCAUUUUCCUCACACAAUCUGCAUUUAGUGCUUAUAUCAGACACAAGGGUGCAGUUCAUCAUAUAGAGACUAAUGGGGAUAUUCAAACACUUGCAUGGGCUGUGAUUUUACAAGAAAAUUCUAAUAAAUCUUCUGAUUACCCAUAUAAGGUGGCAGAGAAAGUGGGACUAGACAAUCAAGGUCAAGUAGGUCAACUCAAAAAUCACUAUUUAUUUGUUCAUCCAUUAUCACAGUUCGCACAAUCUUCCAUUGAUAAACAUGCUUAUAGAAAAAUUAAUAAUAUGGAGCUCUUUAGUAGGGAAACAAAGGAUGUAAAUUUUAUGCAAGUUAAACAUUCAGUGGAAAAAAAAAUGAUGGAGCAUUCUGAGAUAGAGAGUUUUCAUCUUCAAAUUAUUAGAAAGAGAGUAAAGAGAGGGACAGAAGAACUACAAGACCCAAUGUUUCAAUAUCAGUGGCAUCUGUUGAAUAAAGAAGAUACAAUGAUGGAUAUCAAUGUGACAGGAAUAUGGGAAAGGAAUAUUACUGGAAAAGGGGUCACUGUGUGUGUGAUAGAUGAUGGACUUGAGUGGACAAACCGUGAUCUCAAAGACAACUAUUGCCCUGAAGGUAGUUGGGAUUUGAAUGAUGAUGAUAGUGAUCCAAUGCCUGAAGGAGGAAAUGGAAAAAAUGAGCAUGGGACAAGAUGUGCUGGUGAGAUAGCAGCUGCUGCUAAUGACUUUUGUGGAGUUGGUGUUGCUUUCAGCUCCCGAAUUGCUGGUUUACGUGCCUUAGAUGGAACCAUGACUGACAGUCUAGAAGCAACUGCUUUCAAUUUGAACAUGAACAUCAAUGAUAUUUAUUCAUGCAGUUGGGGACCUGAAGAUGAUGGGAAAACUGUUGAAGGACCACAUUAUUUAGCUCUGAAAGCAAUUAAACAUGGUAUUGACAUGGGUCGAGGAGGGUAUGGUUCGAUCUUUGUGGUUGCAAGUGGUAAUGGAGGAUCUAAUGAUGACAACUGUAACUUUGAUGGUUAUGCAAGUUCCAUUUACACAAUUACAAUAGGAGCUGUAACAGAAAGUGGUGGUCUACCAUUUUAUGCAGAAGAAUGUCCAGCAAUGCUAGGUGUUACAUUCAGUAGUGGUAGUAUGCGAAACUUUGACAUUGUUACUUCUGAUUGGACAAAAGUAGAUGGAAGUGGCUGUACUCGUCAUCACACAGGAACUUCUGCAGCUGCUCCUCUUGCUGCAGGAAUGAUAGCCUUAAUGCUAGAGGUCAGACCUUGUCUAACAUGGAGAGACAUCCAGUACAUUUUUGUUCUUACAGGAAUGAAGGUAAACUUACUGCACCAGAAUCUUUGGGAAAAAAAUGCUGCAGGGCUGUGGCACAGUAACUUUCAUGGAUUUGGUAUUCUUAAUGCCUGGAGAUUAGUCAGUGUGGCUAAAGCCUGGCAAUCAGUUCCAUGGCUAACCACAUACACAAGCCCUCAAGAAGAAUUUGAGAAACAAAUACCAUCUUUUCCUGAUGAACUGGUAGUCAAUAUUUCUGUGUCUAAAGAAGAUGCAGAUUCGUACGGGUUAUUUAUUGUGGAGUAUGUUCAAGUCAAAAUAACACUUUCCCAUCCAUAUAGAGGGCAUCUAGUCAUUAUGUUGCAAAGUCCUGCAGGAACAGCAUCUACUUUGACACAUGUUAGACCUAAAGACAAUUCUACAGAGGGCUUGAACAACUGGAGUUUUACUUCUGUAAAAUUUUGGGGAGAAGAACCCUAUGGAACUUGGUCUUUGAUUCUUUUGGACUCUUCAUCUGGCUCAUCAGAACUUGGAACUUUUAAGAGUUGGAGAUUAGUUCUUCAUGGGACACCAAUGACCUCAGAACAAUUCCAGGAUAAGAAAAGGUUUGUAGAAGAGGCAUAUAGUGGAAAAUACCUUGAUGAGAAUAUUUCUUUCCCAUGUCCACCUCCAUCCCCAUCAUUAGAUAUCAUGCAACCUUUAACAGAUAGAACCUUAAAAAUAAUUACACUUGUAGGCUUUUUUGCUUUCUUCAUGGCAAUCUAUGAAACUUUUGAGUACAUGUGUUGUUAUAAAGAUGAAAAGAAAAAACAGGCAAAUGCUUUGCAAAUUGUUCGAAGACAAGUUGAUGGAAGUGAUAAUAGUGACACUUACCAGCUACUGGAAAAUGAUGAUAAUAAUGUAAUUGACCAAGACAACAUAGCUGAAAAUGUCCCAAUGAUUGAAGUUUGUAGUGUAAAGUCAGGUCAGAUAGGAAAUUGAAAAUGUUUUAAUGUAUAUUGAAAAGAAAAUACAGUUUGUGCCUUGUAUGAAUGAUUCUAAUUUAUUGUGUUAAAUUAGAUGCAAAUGUAAAACAUAGAUUAAUUUGGAGUUUACUAGAGAAAAUUAUAAAUAAAUGAAUAUAUAUAUAUAUAAAAUUAGUAUUGACUUAAGAUUUGUGAAGUUUCCUGUGUUGUACAAGUUUAACUUUAUUGCACAAAUAUUUAUAUAACUAAAACUUUGUCCAAGAUUUUUCUCUUUUUUUGUGUUGUUUGUAAAUAAUUUCAUCUGCAUGUAGCAGAAAUGUUUAUUUUAAAGUUCUAAACAAAUUAACAAAGUAUAACAUACACAUUUUCAUGAAAGUUCCAUACUGUUUAGCAAGUCGUACAUUAUUUAUGUGCAAAUAUAUUUGGCUGUUCUACAUUACUGUGUUCAGUACAGCCUUAGCAAAAAAAUAUUUGAGAUUAAAUGUUUAUAUUAUAAUAUUAAGUUUUAUAUCAUUGUGGGUGAAGUAGCUAGUCUAGGCUUCAGAUAUGAUCAUCUUAUGAUCCAUUUUUAUACUAUUUUUAUCAGUACUGUUUAUUUUUGCAAUAUCACAUAGUUCUCUCUCUUGCAAGGCCCAGUGUUAGUAGUAUGGUCAUAUAUGAACGGUAAUUCCAUCUUUGUAAAAAGGAAGGGUGAGGGGGGUAAUUCAACUGAUUAGUUUAUUUUACUACUGUUUUGUGUAUUUGAUCAGAUGGCAGAAUGUGAAUAAAUUUGGAUAUAAGUUAUAAUAUCCACCAUCAGCAUCAAUAUCAAUAAAAUUAACAAGUCAUAAUAACAUUUUACAGGGCAUUUCUGUCUUUGCAAAGACAGUUUGAACUGGUAUGCCGAGAAAUGUUGAAAUUGAUAGUUUGCGAUAAAAGCAUUCAUAGACUAGUUUUUCAGAAUCUUGUGGGUUUAAUAUGGAAUAUGUUUGAUCUAAAAUAAGAAAUUAGCAAAUUACACAGUUUUACUAUAUAGAUGUCUUAUUGUUCAGGAAAAACAUGGCAUAUGAGUUAUGUACAGUUCCAUGUUUUAUCAAAGCAAGAAGAUAAUGAAAAUAUGAUGUUUUUUGUGUGUUGCACAUAAAAUAUUGCAUUUUCCUAGG